AUGGUGGAGUGGCCAAGCGGAAACUCGCGGAGGGGUAAUAGCAGGGGAAAUACUGGCAGAGGAAGUAGCAGCAGAGGAGGUAGCAGCAGAGGAAACAGCCGGGGAGGCAGAGGUAAAGGGAACUCAGGGAGAGGCAAUGAAGCAUCCGAUAUUUGCUUCGAUUAUCAGAGAACAGGAGAGUGUCGUCGUGCGCAAUGCUCCUUCUCGCACGGAGAACCCUCAUCUUCCAAUAAUCAGCAACCGCGUCAAAGGCGAGAAGAAAGUGCAAUCCAAGAACACGCCAGAGUCAACUACAAUAAAUGGAAGAGGAUCAUUAAACGCGAGCCUGUUGUCAACGAUACUCACACGAUGAAAUUGUUGUGGACCGACGCUCUAGGAAUUUUGAAUGAUGAUGAUCGAGAAUGGAAACAAAUGCUGCCGAGAGAUCUUGAUAGCGAUGAGCUUCAUGGAGCCAAACAUAUUCUUGCGCUCCUGCAAAUGAAAUCAGGCGCAGGUGGGGCGAGAAUGUUCAUCGUUCUAGCUCAGCCGUUUCUAGAAGUGAUGGUUCACCAAGCAAUUCUAGACUGCCUGUCUAUUGAUACUUUUGUUGGACGACUAUACAAUCUCAUCAGUGGCAGUAAUGGGUCUCGAGCAAUACAGUUUUUCCAAUCCUUACUUUCAAACUUACUAGAGGCGCAUGACUUCUUUGUCAGUACAUCGACGCAGAAUAUCGAGCGAGUAUUAGUUGCGAUGGUCACUUGCCUCCGUGAGCUUCUUCGACGAGAGCAUCGUGCAUUAUUCAACGACAGCGUCGUAGACACUGUCAAUUCGAUUGAAAACUGUGUCGAAGUUAUUGGCAUUGAUAAAAAAACGGUAACUGCUACUGUUAUAGGAACUCGAAUGCAAGAGAUACGUGGAAUGAUCGCCCGAGCCAAGGGACUACUGGAUGAAGGGGAGGAGACACCUAUAAAUGGCGUUUCGACGUCCGUGGUGGUGUCAACUUAUCCACGCGAUAUCAUUAUGCCGUCGAAUAGGCAUGACAAUGAUAAGUUGGAUAUCACUGAAAUAGAGAUAGUGCCAACUGAGGAUGAGAUUCGUAGCGAUAGUCCUGAAUUUCUUCCUUCGACAGACCCCGAUCAGCCACAUUACAUUUCAGACCAAGCUGCGAGACUACUAGAUACCCAUUUCCGUCUCCUCCGACACGAUGUAUUUGGUGAAUUAAAGGCUGCUCUAGGAAGUUUGAUUGUGGCGGUUGAGGAUGAUCCUUCGAUUUUGGGACGUCACAAGCCCGAUUUGGGUAACGUGCGAGCCAAUCUUUACCACAAUGCUUGGGUCCAAUAUAUUACCUUUGAUGAUAGAAGAGAUUUGCAAGCCGAAAUAUCUUUUACUCCGCCAGCAGGGUUGAGAAAGAAAUCUGUAAAGGAUAGAUCCAAGUGGUGGGAUGAGUCCAAAAGACUUGAUGAAGGAAUUUUGUUGUGCAUGCUAUCUUACAGCCACUCGAAGUGUACCCCUCUAUUUCUUUUUGUCACUGAAAAACGGACAGAUCCCAAGAGCAAGUAUAAUCUAGUCUCUCAUGAUCACCAAGCAACAAUUAUUGCCAAGCUUGCCACGCAGAGGCAAAAGGAUUUGGAUACUUUAAUACGAUUGAGUACGGAAAAGACCGAGGCUGUUCUUAUCGAAAUACCCGGGGUCCUUCUCGCAACUGUUUCUCCAAUUCUUGAGAACCUUCAAAACAUGCAUAAGCUAGGUCGCUUACCUUUCCGCCAAUGGAUAUUACCAGAUCGCACUAGGAAUUCCCGAUCAAUCCUUGAUGUCCCACCGCCUCUGUAUGCUCGCAAACCUGGCUUCGCAUUUUCACUUAGCCCUAUUUUGAAGGAUGAAUCAUCAGGAGACCUACGAAUUGACCCUUCGACGUGCUCUGUAAAUGAUACAAAUCUCGUCGACAAGAUUGAGCUGCUGACCGAACUCGACCGUGGACAGUGUGAGGCUUUGCUAGCCGCACUAGUUCGCGAAUUUUGCCAAAUUCAAGGUCCGCCAGGCACAGGAAAAUCUUUCCUGGGUGUGAAACUGGUCAAGGUUUUAUUACACUGUAUGAAGAAACAACCUGGACCCAUCAUCAUUGUAUGCUACACAAAUCAUGCCUUAGAUCAAUUUUUGGAGCACUUGCUGGAAUCCGGUAUCGAGAAACUUAUCCGCAUAGGAGGUCAGAGUAAAUCCUCAAUUCUCGAAGGUAAAAAUCUUCGUGUUGUUUCCAAGGGCGAGAGUCAAACCAAGUCCGAACGUUAUCUGCUUGCAAAGGCCUACGAAAGUUUAGAGAUCAAAGCAAAAUUUAUAAAUUCAUCGUUAGCCAAGUUGUCGAAGACCAAAGAUCAGCCGGAUUAUAAAUCGAUGGAAGGAUAUAUUGCUAGGCAUUAUCCUCAUAUUCAUAGGCAGUUCAGUCGCUUUGAUGACGAAGGUUUUGAGCAGGUUGGCGGCGAACCCUUCGAUUUGUGGUUGAAGAAGAAAGGAAAACAAACCACAGAUUCUCAGGCUACAUAUACCGUCGAUCAGCUAUUGGCUACAGCGUCUCUCAAUAUUCAUGCACUCAGUAUUGCGAGCCGAUUCCGUUUGGUAGAUCAUUGGAAAAAUGCUAUACGCGAGACCAUUGUGGAUGAUCUCCAUGAAGCAGUGAGAAGCUCCGAGCUUGUGCGUCAGAAUAUUCAUAACAUCCACGAUGAUGUUGAUCGACGAGUUUUGCAAACUGCUCAGAUAAUUGGUGUCACAACUACUGGCUUGGCUAGGAAAAUUUCUACUUUACGACAUGUUAAUUCCAAGGUCAUAAUCUGCGAAGAAGCUGGAGAAGUUCUCGAAGCACAUCUACUAUCAACACUUUUACCAUCUGUGGAACAUGUAGUAUCGAUUGGAGACCACGAACAGCUCCGACCUCAGAUCAACAACUUCAAAGAUCUAUCUCUUGAAAGCAGAGCUGGAACCCUUUAUCAGCUUGAUCGAAGCCAAUUUGAGAGACUCUCUGUGGGUCAAAAUGGUAGAAGCAGAUUACCCGUUGCUCAAUUAAACAUUCAGCGCCGAAUGCGCCCCGAGAUAUCCAAACUUAUCAAUCGCAUAUAUCCCGAGCUUAUCGAUCACGGCAGCACUAAAGUUUAUCCUGAUGUUGUUGGAAUGCGCCAAAAUGUUUUUUGGCUCGAUCAUGAGAAGUUUCAGGACGAUGGUCUAAAUCAAGAGCAUAAGACCAUGUCUCACAGCAAUCAAUGGGAAGUCGAAAUGACCGCCGCACUUGUAAGGCAUAUUGUUCGCCAAGGAGAAUAUAGUAGUAGCGAUAUUGCUGUUUUAACCCCCUACAGUGGUCAACUACAAAAGCUACGUAACCAUAUGCGCAAGGAUUUUGAGAUCGUUCUAUCUGAUCGCGAUCAGGACACGCUCGUGAAAGACGGCUUCAUAGCUCCGGACUCGGAUCAUGAAGAGAAACUUGACCAAACUUCUGACAGGAAAGCCCUUCAAAAGAAGAAGUUGAGCGAAUUACUUCGGCAAGUCCUAAUCUCUACACAUAACUUUUACACAUAG